CUCCUCACGUGCAGCGGUGUGUUUAUGUCAUGGUGUUGAUUAUUGACUCGUUUGGAUGAAUUAAGUGUUAGUUUAUAAUGUCUGCAAAGCGGAACCUUCCGGCCUGGAUGGUCGCAUCAGGUCCUAAACGCGGUAAAGAAGAGAAGCUCAGAGAGUGUGUGAAGAGCAACCCGGAAGUAAACACAAACAAACGUGGAGGAAAAAAGUGCACCAAGAGGAUGAUGUACUGGAUGAAUGAACAGGAGCUGGUCGAGACAGCACUCAGUGUUCUACAGAGAGAUAACAGAAAGCCAGCUGCAGCAAACAGAUGUGCUCUGCCGAACCCCGAAAGAAUGGUGAUUCCAGAGACCGAUCCAGAAGAUACGUCUGACUCAGACAUUUCUGAGCCAGCCGUGGAUAUUGCCGAGCAACAGACAGUACCGUACACCAGGUGUUUUGAGGAAAAACAGUCCAGUACCGCAUCAGAGAGCUCUGCUGAGCAGCCUCCAGCUUCGUCAGCAGUUUUGGAGAAGAAGCCUGAGUCUGAGGAGGAUAACAGCCCUCAGAGCAAUUCUGAUCAUGAAGCUUUGCAGGUGGUGCGAGACAUCUUUUUCAGCUGAUGCUGAAAUUUGAGUGCUGAAGGGUUUGAGUUCACUGAAGCAAAACUGACAAACUGGAAAAUCAGGAACACCACCAGAUGAUUCUAUAUUAUUGUCCUCGGUGAAGAGCCUUCACUCUGAAUGUUCUGGUUUGUCAAAAAGUUUAGUUUAUGUCAGCAUGGCUAAACUGCUGGAGCUUGAAUUUAAUCCAAACAGAGAAUAUAUAUAUUAGAUUAUAAAGAAUGGGUGGCCAUUUAAACAUCAAGUGAUUGGCUAAGUGAUUUAGUACAGGCUGUAUAGUAUAGGCUGUCCACACUAUCCACUGUGGGGUCUUGGAGUCUGAGAUAUGGCAAUUCCCAAACCAGACAGUGAUGCAGAUGCUAACAGAUUAAAACUAACAGACUGUUUAGUUCGAUUAACAUUGCAAGGACAAGUCCUAAAUCAGUGACGUUACGUAUGACUUGUGUCGAGCAGAAGGGGCGUGUCCGAAUAAAGGCUCGCUCUGAGGCACGUGUGACCAAAUGAGUGAGUGUCUCGCUCAGCGCUUCAACUAGGUUUAAGUUAAGGCUCGUUCACCUGGAUGUUUAAAUAUUAUGAAUCAUUAUAUUGGAGUUUUUUUAUUAAUAAAAUAUGAUUGAGGAAAACUAAACCUUUUUUGCAUUUCACAAUGAACUUUACAUUUACUUAUUUAAAAUAUAGAGAAGCAAAACUCUGACAUUUCUCACAUACUCUGAAGCAAAAUGUGGCACGGGGAAUGUGGCAAGAACUUUCAGCUGAGUUACUAUCAUCUGCAAGUGGAUGGUGUUCAUGAAUGAUUGUGUGUACUGUUGGUCUUUCGGCUGCUUCUGGCAAGGGGUCGCCACAGCAGAAUACCCAGUCCGCACUACAACUUGGCACAGGUUUUUUUUUUUUGCCGGAUGCCCUUCAUGACUUGAAUAUCGGGCAUAGAAAGUUGCUUGUGUUUAACUGCAAAAAAAUAUUUCCUUGUCAUUGAAAGGUAAACCAGUAAUGUCAUGUGUGUGUUUGUUUAUUGAUUGAUAAAUUGACCUUACAAAACUGUUAGCAAAAAAAAAAAAAAAAUCAUUCAGGAAGUGGUAUUGAAGUUUGGUCAUUUUUGCCAAAGCUAUUU